AUGUUCUCUGAUGAUAAUUCUGAAAACGAAAUGGGAAUUACAUCAGAUGACAUUUCAGAAUUAAAUGAACUUGCAGGACAUGACAAGAAUUUUACAGAAUUUCAGAAUUUGCCUUCAAUUCCGCAAUUACAUCAAAAUAUAAUAGAAAAGCUAGAAAAACUAAUCGAAUCUAUUCAUCACUUACACGAGACAAAUGAUACAGAACCAUUGUUAAUCUGCAUAGAUAACGUUAUUAACUUGGUCGCUUCAUCAAAUCGCCGAAUAACCAUUUUAGAUAGCAAAGUAAUAAACGAUACAGUUGGAAGUAUAAUGUCAGUAAUGAUGAUUGAAAAUGAUUUAAUCAGAACAAAAAUAGUUGAAUUAUUAACAAGUUUAUGUGAUUUAUUCCAAUUUUUAGUUAAUAAUGAUAAUUCUCAGCAAUUUUCCUUUAUAUUGCAGCAACUUAUUCUUUCAAAUAAUCAAGAUUUAUCAAAGAAAACUAAAAAAUUCCUCCAAAAACUUUUUGAAGUACAAGAUAAUUCCACACAAUUACUAUUUAUACUUUAUUCAUUUAUUAUGAGUAAUGUUUCGUCAAAUAUUCUUGAGAAUGACAUAGAUUUACAAAUUAUUCGGCAAUUUGUGAAUAAAUUAAACGGUAGCAGCCAAUACAAGAUCAAUAUGCAGCAACUAUUUAUCUUUCUUGCUCCUUAUUUCCGUCUAUCUCCAGUAGAUGGAAAAAUUCCAGAUGUUACUGUUUAUUCUUCAUGGAUUCUUGCAGACAUCUUCUCAAAGAAUACAAUAG